GAUCGAGAUCACGUGACAGCGGACUCCAGUAGCAGCGCGCGUGUGCGAGGGUUCAGUCAGAGCUAGUCCACACGCUGUGGAGCACGCAUAUACACAUCAUUAAGGCGUCAUAUUUCUUCAAAACGACUGUUGAUUUAUUUAUUACUAUUAUUAUUAAUUUUUUUUUAAGAUUGUAUGUUCGCCUUUUGAGGAGCGCGUGGAGGGUUUUUUUUUUAAUCCGACAACAACAAAAAACCCCAACAAGAAAUAAAAGUAGCGGUUGAGGACCAAAGCAGAAAGUCUUUAAGUUUGUGCAGUAAAAGAGACAAACUGUGGAUGUUUUUUUGUUUUUUUUUAAACUCCGUCGUAAGAAGACAUUUUUUUCUGUAGAGUAGGACUUUCUCGUGGGGAACCAGAGACUGUUAGUUGUGUGUGUGUAUUCAACAAGCGGGCUACAGACACCAUGGUGCGGGACUCCGGUUUGUUCUCAGCGCCAGGACUCCUCGGCUCUAUCCUCCUCCUCCUCCUCCUCACAGCCCGAGGCGCAUUGACUCAGAAGGUGAAGGUGGAGCCGGAAGUGGUGUCCUAUCCGGGUCAGACGGUGAUCCUGCGCUGUCAGUUUCCUGACAAAGGCCAGACCCAGCUCACUCAGGUGUCUUGGAUUUUAGAAAAUAGCUCUGGCCCUCGGACCAACAUUGCAGUGUUUCAUCCAACUUUCGGGGUCAAUUACCCAGCAUCCCCAGUGCAAGGGCGGGUGAGUUUCACAAUGGAAUCCCCGUCUCUGGAAAAUCCAACUAUUCAGAUCACAGACAUUGCUCUGACAGAUGAGGGGAAGUAUGUCUGCGAGUACGCUGCGUACCCCACCGGAAACGAAAAGGGGGUAACCUCCCUCGUCAUACUAGCCAAGCCCCAGAACUCGGCCUCACCCAUCACCGUUCCCGCCGGCACUUCUCCCGUCUCCGUAGCGCAGUGUGUGUCGGCCAACGGACGACCCCCGGCAACCCUCACCUGGGUGACUAAUCUGAACGGCAACGGGACAGGACCGGUCCAGACGAGCAACUCGGACAACACGGUGACGGUGCGCAGCGAGUACCUUUUCACGCCCACGGCGGCCGAUAACGGCAAGGAGAUCACCUGCGUGGUGUCACAUCGCACGCUGGCCAAAGCCGAGAGCUUCCCCAUGAAACUGGUGGUCCAAUAUCCUCCUCAGGUGCAGAUUGUAGGAUAUGACAAUAACUGGUAUGUAGGCCGUACAAAUGUGGUGUUGACCUGCCAGUAUCAGGGGAACCCCACUCCACCCACUGUGAACUGGAAGAUGAGCUCAGGCUUUAUGCCAGACUCGGUGGAGGUGGCCCAGAACAAACUGACCGUUCGGAAGGUGGACGACUCUGUAAACACCACGUUUAUCUGCGAGGUGACAAACAGCCUCGGCACCCGCAAGGACCAGGUCACUGUGUUCGUCAGGGAAGCACCCAUGCCUCCCUCCAAUGCGGGUGUGGUAGCGGGCGCAGUCAUCGGCAGCUUCCUGGCCCUCCUAUUGGUCGGUGCCCUCGUUGGCUUCUUGAUAACCCGCAGCCGCCGGCAACAGCAGGGUUACCGAGGCAACAGCAAGGGGAACUCCGCCCCCUAUGACUCAGUGGCGCGCCUCUUCGGCUCCUCGGGCAGCAAGAACGGCACAGGCAAUCACGGCAACAAUAACGCACCCAUCUACAAGGGCGACGUGGGGCUCUCGGAGAAAGCAGGAAAUAUCGGGCUGCACCAGGGGGGCGUGGCCUUGGUGGAAAGCACACCCACGGCGCAGGACAUCCUGCUGAGCGGCGAGCUGGACGAGGCCGAGCGCAGGAAGUUCGACGAGCUGGAGGAUGAGGAUGAGCGUUACGACCAGUUCAGCGGCAGCGGGCCGAUCCUGCAGCUCCGCCCACAUGAGGAGGACCCCGGCACCGCCUACCUGGACGACGACAUGGAGUCGCAGAGAGAUGGCUCGAUUAUCUCCCGGACCGCUGUCUACGUCUGAGAGCGGAUGAAAGGGGAGAUGGAGGAGAGAGAGAGAACAGAGAGGACUAGAGUGGACCUGCUCCCAAAGGAUUUUUUUUUUUUCUUUCAGUUUUAACAUUAUUCAUUUUAUUUCUCAAAUAUUAUUAAAAAAAAAAACACACCAGAGAGAGACUGAAAUGGUGGUUGGAUGGAUGGAUUAAUGAAACGAAUACGGGGCAGAUACAUGAUGGGGGGACUGGACAGAGAGCAGAAACAUAAAUCGGAGGUUUAGACAGUACUUCCUAUUUACAGCAAUGGUUGUCAUGGAGACAAUGUCUGAGAAACCCGAGACUUUAAAUGUGCACACAUCAUUAUCCAAAACAUAUGCAUAUAUAUACACUUACAUGGUCACUCUAUCUCCCUCUCUCACACACACACUCCCUCUCUUUCUCUCUCUCUCUCUCUCUCUCUCACACACACACACACACACACACACACACACACACCAAGGUUAUGUUUGAAUCCAGACUGUACUUUAGUGGAUAUGUAAUCAAGGUUUGGUCAGAAUGAUUCAUUUUAUUCUUCUUCCUCUUAUUAUUAUUCUUUUUCCUUUUAAUUCUGCCAUGGGACUGUGGGGCAAGUCUGAUGAUUCAUUUGGCUAUGACCUUGCUUCUCUCUCUCUCUCUUCCUUUAUCUUUAGCUUUGUCUCUUUAUCUCACUAUCUCCUGUCAGCUAGAUGAUUGGAGGCGGGACUCUGGUCAGACUCUCCAGGUGAAGUGUUCUGUUAUAAGCAGCGCAUCUCACAUGAUUGGACACGCAUCAAAGUCUUCAUUUUGCCCACUGCACUUGCGUGCGUUAGAUGAAGGAAAGCAGCAAUCAAGGCCUUUACUCAACAAACGGCUGUUUUUUUAAAAUAUCACAAGGGGUUUUUUUUUUUUUUUUUGAUGCACGGUUUGAAUGCGCCGGAUAAUAUCAGACAAGCCUGCUAAGUCUUCUGUGCCCUUAUUAAAUUGGCGAAAGCGUCAUAAUAUUAUCACAGUUUGGGAUAUCGUCAUAUUGCAUCAGAGAGACAGUUGCACUGUCUCUUUGCUUUGCUUUUAACCGUCAUUGUCUACUAAAAAGGAUUCGGAUUAAGUUUUUUUUUUUUUUUUUUUUUCUUUCCCCCUCAGAAUACUGCUUUUAAAACAGUCUCCCAUAUGAGGAAAUCUAAAUAAGUCGAAAGGAUAUAAAGGAGCAUGUAAGACGCCCAAAAAGAUGCCUCUUCCUGAACUGAGCACCGAGGUACUGAUAUUUUGAAAACAGCGUUGUGUGUGUGUGUGUUAAAUAUAGAGAUUAAAUCAUUGGGCCGAUUAUCUGCACAUGCCUAAUUGAAACAAAUCACGUUACACAUCUUGCUAAUUGCAGUCUAUUAAUCACUUUUACUUGAGAACAAGUUGUUUAUCUUUCAGCAUUGUGUAGCUGUACUGUCUGACAUCCAACCUCCACUAAAUAGUCUUAUCAUAGGCUGAUUCGCAGAUCAUAGGUUCAACUGGUCGUGUCUGCGAGACGCCAUUUCCUGUUCCUGAUCACUGCCUAAAUCUCUCUCUCUCUCUCUCUCUCUCUCUCUCUCUCUCUCUCUCUUAAUUAGUCCCAUGUGAUACACCUUUAGUGAUUCUCUCCGAUUUGUUCCAGUUAUAGCGCCGCGCGAAUCAAGUGCUCAUCAUUAAUCAUGACCAGCAAGUCGUUUGGGGUGUUCGGUUUUUUUUUGUUGUUUUUUUUUUUUUUAAUGGUUAAUCGACAGCGGACGAAUAUGCGUUCAGUUACUCUGAGCAGGUAGAACCGCUUCCUUACCAGCCUCGAAUAAACCCGAUGCACAUACAGCCUUGACCUUCCGUCUACGUGCAUGGAGAACAUGUAAUUAAUGGAGAAAAUAAUCAUUACCGCUACAUUGAGCUCUAAUCUCUAAUUGUACAAAGCUAAUUAAUCAACUCCAUAUUUAUAAAUGCGCACAUCCUAAUUGGUUGCCAUGGCCGCACGGUUAAAUAUAUCUCUCCUCUCGCAGUCGGGGUUUUGCAUCCCUUUCUUCUAAUCUGUUCUUUUUCAUUUAUCACUUUUUUUUUUUUUUGUCACUUGGUCUGAAGGCGGGCGCUAUUCAUAGAGAGAGGGAGAGAGAGAAAGUGUGAUGAAAUUAAUCAUUGAGAGAGUGAUUGUUUUUGUGUGUGUGUGUGUGUGUGUGUGUGUAUAUAUAUACAUAUAUAUAGAUAUUUUUUGGUGUAAGGUGUCUGCAACAUAUGUACACAGUUUAUUUUUUUUUAAAUGAAGAUGAUGUGAUUUAAAUGUCCAAAUAUCUAUUGUAAAUAGAAAAUAGACGGACCACCGCUUAAGUGUUUCGCCCACAGAUCCGCCGAAACUGCAUGGCACGAAAUGUCAUCGCAACACUAUUCACAAAUAAAUAAAUAAAUACAAACCCCCCCCAACCCCAAAAAAAACAACCAAAAAAACAAAACACAUCUGUUCAAGAGAUACAUCAAUGGGCGGUGUAUUCUCACACACUCUAGUGUACUGUAGACACCUAUUUUUAGUGAGCGGUGAAGUCUCACACACUUAUAAAGACCUAUUUUAGUGAGUGAUGCAGCCUCAUUCACACACAUAUAGAGAGCCACCUGUCCACCUGAUUGUGUGUGUGUGUGUGUGUGUGUGUGUGAUAAACGUGUGAGUCAGCGUGUUGAACUGUAUCUGACUCGAAAGUGGUAAUUUCCUCCAGGGUCUUGGAGACACACACACACAGAGUGUAAACUGGGCUUCAAACAUAGUACACAGUCCUGUAAAUGAUCAUCAUCCCCACUGCCCUUGAAUCUAUAAGAGCGUCCCUCACUGAGCGAGAGUAAGGCAUGCUGGGUAAAGUAGUUUGCGAGCUGGAGUGUCAUUCGACAGCAAGCUCAGGUUCAGUUCAUUCCUCACAAGGCUGCACCUCAGCGCUGCCAAAGGGAAUCGGUGCUCUGCCGCUGUGGGGCUUUAGCGUGCCCGCUGCUAAUUAGCGGAGUACACAUCGACCUUGCGGUGCUCAGGCUCCUCGAGAAGCGGAUCAGCUAAGGACGGCACACUCGGAGAAUACUAAGGAAGGAGGUGUAACCUCUGCGCUAGGAGAGGCGGUUCUUAGCUGAUCAGUUUCAUUUCUACAGCUCUCAAUCCCUUCAUUCAUCACGCCGUCCCCUCGUGUCGUCCACUUCGGUUUGAAGCCCGUGUGAUUUAGACUCGAAGCCUUAAAUGUCACCUGACCUAACCUGUCUCUCUGUACAUAGUAUAAAUAUUAUAAAUAUGAACGUGUGAUGAUGAAGAAAAAUAAGGUUGGAUUAAUUGAUGUCACAUUUGUGUGUGUGUGUGUGUGUGUGUGUGUGUAUACAUACACAUGGGAAGCAUGAAGGAACCUUCUAUUUCCUCAGUUUUGACUGACUUGAUUUAACGGCUUUUAAUUUGUUUUUAAACCAUCUUGUCGGUGCUCGAGCAGUGCUUUAUUGUUGCAUUUUGAAUUUCUGUGCUAUGAUGCUUAGAAUAAUUCAUGAUUCUGCUGUGCCCUGUUGGCCAACAUUUUCUGACACUUUACCAACAUAACUAAACAAUGUCACGUUUUAGGAUUUAUUUUCCAUUUUAGGGUUGCCAGUCUUUGUAAUGUUUUUUUUAUUUUAUUUCGUUUGUAAUUAAAGUAUUAAAAAAACAACAACAACAACAACAACAAGUUCUUAC